AUGUCAAGAUCUGCGACAGCCGCAGAUAAGGUAUGGAGGCGCAUGUCGACGAGCGAGCAUCGGAAUGCUGGUACGGAUAGGUACUCCGUAUUUGCAUGGGCCAUGGGGAAGCGUGAGGCGUCGCCGACUUGGACGGACGGGUCGGAGAUGUUUGUGGCGCUGGGCAACCCUGAUGCCGCUGGUUUGGAGCGGCGGUCGGCGAGGUGCACCGCCAGCGCUUCGCCCAGUAUCCCCGACUCGACUGAAAUAUCCGAGUUCCAUCACGGCGGCUGCGGCUGUGCACUACCCAACAUCAAGCCCAGAGACAGGAACCCAGCCACUGCCGUGAGGUGCGGCGACGGGACGGUGACGGUGACGGCAGAAUGCCACCUGAGUGGAGGAGGGCAGGACGGGAGCACGCGUAAGACGGGGGAGGUGGGUGAACACCGAGGUCUGAGGUCUGAGGUCGAGGACGGUCGGGUGUCGUAG